GCGGGAGGAGGAAGAGGAGGAAGAGGAGGCGUCCCGUCCGUCUGCGUCCAGAGGAGAGGAGCGGCCGCCAUGUUAACCAAGAAGCCCGGAGCCUCGGUCCUCCCGACGGGCAAAGUGGGCGAGCCGGUCUACUCUCCGGGUCACAGCGGCUCUCAGACCACGUCGCCUGUCGCCCUGCCGCCGCUUCGCAACAACAACCACCACCCUCUGACGGGGGGCUCCAAAGCCGCCAUGUCGGAGGGCGUCCAGCUGCACGAGGAGAACACCAACAAGCGGCCGGUGCUCACCUCGCAGCCCAACGGCUCGCGGCCCGGCCUGCCGCCGCCCGACCGCCUCGCCUCGUCCUCGGAGCCGGCCCACCACGGCCGCCAGGGCAGCGCCGCCUCCGCCAAGUCCGCCGAGGGCAAGGCCAAGCCGGGCGCCCUGUCGCCGGAGCAGGCCAUGAAGCAGUUCAUGGCCAAGAUGUCGUCGUUCGAGCACCACGAGGUCUUCAGCUACCCGGAGGUGUUCUUUGUGGGUCCCAACGCGAAGAAGAGGUCAGGGGUCAUGGGCGGAGCCAACAACGGCGGCUACGACGACGACCAGGGGUCCUACAUCCACGUCCCGCACGACCACAUCGCCUACCGCUACGAGGUGCUCAAGGUCAUCGGCAAGGGCAGCUUCGGACAGGUGGUGAAGGCCUUCGACCACAAGUCCCAGACCCACGUGGCCCUGAAGAUGGUCCGCAACGAGAAGCGCUUCCACCGGCAGGCGGCGGAGGAGAUCCGCAUCCUGGAGCACCUGAGGAAGCAGGACCAGGACUCCAGCAUGAACGUCAUCCACAUGCUGGAGAACUUCACCUUCCGCAACCACAUCUGCAUGACCUUCGAGCUGCUCAGCAUGAACCUGUACGAGCUCAUCAAGAAGAACAAGUUCCAGGGCUUCAGCCUCCCGCUGGUCAGGAAGUUCGCCCACUCCAUCCUGCAGUGCCUCGACUCGCUGCACAAGAACCGCAUCAUCCACUGCGACCUGAAGCCCGAGAACAUCCUGCUGAAGCAGCAGGGCCGCAGCGGCAUCAAGGUCAUAGACUUUGGUUCCAGCUGCUACGAACAUCAGAGAGUUUACACCUACAUCCAGUCCAGGUUCUACCGAGCUCCAGAGGUCAUUCUAGGCUCCAGGUACGGGAUGCCGAUCGACAUGUGGUCGCUGGGCUGCAUCCUGGCCGAGCUGCUGACGGGCUACCCGCUGCUGCCGGGCGAGGACGAGGCCGACCAGCUGGCCUGCAUCAUGGAGCUGCUGGGCAUGCCGGCGCAGAAGCUGCUGGACGCCUCCAAGAGGGCCAAGAACUUCGUGUCGUCGAAGGGCUACCCGCGGUACUGCGCCGUCACCACGCAGCCGGACGGCAGCGUCGCGCUCGGCGCCGGCCGCUCGCGGCGCGGCAAGGUCCGCGGCCCGCCGGCCAGCAAGGAGUGGAGCGCGGCGCUGAAGGGCUGCGACGACCCGCUCUUCCUGGACUUCCUGAAGCAGUGUCUGGAGUGGGACCCGGCGCUGCGCAUGACGCCCAGCCAGGCGCUGCGGCACCCGUGGCUGCGGAGGAGACUGCCGAAGCCGCCGACGGGAACCGCCGCGGGCGACAAGACCACGCCGUCGUCGAAGCGGGGCACCGCCGCCGACGGCUCCAUCACCUCCAUCUCCAAGCUGGCCGCCGCCUCCACCACGUCCUCCUCCUCCAAAACCAGGACUAACUUGGCCGCCAUCACCGACGCCAACGGGAACAUCCAGCCGCGGACGGUGCUGCCCAAGCUGGUCAGCUGAGAGUGAGCGCACCCCGCCUGCUGCGGCGCCACCGCUCACUCUCAGCCAUGUCGGGGUGCGUUCACCACGAAAAAGAAACUCCCCAACCUCCCCGGCGGCGCGUCCAGGACGCCUCCAGCUCUCAGAACUGUCUGGAAAAAAAAAAAAGAAGAAGAAAGUUGUGUUUUUUAUUUGGAGCAGCCGGACGGGGGACGACGGAAAACCUGCUCAGACAAUCAGACGUCGUGUCACGCGGUGCUGAGGGAGGGAACAAGUAGGGUCUAGCACAAAGUCUAUUGAGCUGAGCGGGUUCAGACACCAAAAAAAAAGAAAGAAAACACAUUGUUUUUUUUUUUUUGUUUUUACAACUUCAGUCUUAUGAGGUCGCGUCCGGACAGCUGGAGGGUCGACCCUCCAACACUACAGCUGAGGACUUUCAUCUGGUCUGGCUCGUUGCAGGUCGGGGAUGUUUUCCACUUAAAGGGGACCCGCCGUGCUCCACAUCAGGGGGUUUUUUAAACAGCUUCUCCCUUUAUGACCCCCAGUAGGAAGCGUUUUUAAUCAUAUUAAAAAAAAAAAAAAGGUGAAUUUCAAUGUUUAUUUUAAAAAUUCUAAAGGCACAAGUCACUACAAUUUCAAUUACCAAAGAGAAAAUUUAGGAAUCCAUGUAAUUUGACACCAGCUUCAUCGAAUUUCAAACUAGCUCCCAUUGAAAUGAUUCAAGCUCGACGGUUCACUGUCGACUGACUCACUAAAAUUUUAACUUUAUAAAGUUCAGUAAUGUUUUUAACAGUGGCAUCAUUCUAUUUCCGACUGUGAAACGUUGUUCACUUUUUUAACCGAUUCAUAAAACGAGCGGUUUAUGACUUGUAAUCGGAUCAUGGCAGUCUUGUUCCUUUAGAAAAUGGAAGUCAGUGCACUCGUCCAGAUGGAAGGAAGUCGAGCCACGAUGACGCAACACUAGUUAGUUAUUUGCUUCUGUUAAAGGUGAAAGUUCAACACCACCCACCCUUGGUCCCCUUUAAAUGAAACUCAAUCAUUUCAACGCCGUCAAAACCCCGACUCAACCCUCUGCCUGUUAGCCGGCUAACCGUCUUAGCUGGCGUUUGUUCCACAGUGUGUAGCUAGCCCGUGUUAUCACGCUAGCAUAGUGCCUGUCAGCUGGCUAACUGCUAACCGGCUACCUGUUGCGUAUCACGUUUUAGUUUGUUUUGUUUUUUUUUUCCCUCCCUUUUAUAACUGGCUAGCAGUUAGCCUAGCGAACUUUAAAAUCCGUCAGCUAGCUGUAGCUGGCUCACAGUUAUGCCUUUUUUGGCGGUCUGAUGGCUAGCCUUAGCCUUGUUUUAGCCAUAGCUUGUUAGCUCUCCACUGCCCGGCCUUACAAAAGAAACGGAACGACGAGAGGGUUUUAGUUUAGUUUUAUCUGGUUUGGUGGGUUUAUGGAGGUGUUGGCAGAUUAAGAGAUGCUCGAUAUUCGCAGCCUGCGAGUGGCGUUAGCCAGUAUUAGCUUAAAGUUAUAGAAUCUCAAUGGAUUUGAUGCAUUUGACUCAUGAGACUUAAAAAAAAAAAAAAGACUAAAAUGUUAAAAAAAAAUACAUAUUUUGGCUAAAUGCGGUAUCGUGCAUCUCUUUUACGAAAUAGGUCAAGACAGGAGAGGAGGAGGAAGUUUUAUUGUUCCCUUUUCAACAAACCAAAUCUGACUGUUCGGGGCACAAGAGGCAGACGAAGGAGCAGAGAACAUGCAGCAGGUGGACUGAAGAGGGAUUUUCAAGGACGUAUUUAUGAACAAUGACGAGAAAAAGAGGAACCGUCGGAGUGGGAAAACCACGCUGGGGACAACGGGAAAACCUCACGACACCAAAACAUCAGCAGGGAUCAUUUCGGCGGUCGUCAAAUUCAGAUAACGUGACCAAGAAAGUACAGUAGUUAAAAAAAAAAAAAAAUAACCAAACUGAUGUGUGAAUCGAAACAGAACCAAUGGUGUUAAUUUGAAAUGAGUAAAGACAACUUGAGCUUCUCCUCAAUUGGACGACAGGAAUUGCUAAAAAUAGCUGGUUUUAUAUUCAUAAGUUAUCCUUUAUGAUAAAAUGUCAGACAAGUUGUCUUUGUACUUUGUUUGGAUUUGGAAUUUUUCUUUUUCAAUGAUCUAUUUAUAAAUUUAACGAAUCCCCAAAGAUUGAUGGCGACUAGCUUGACACGCUAAGCUAGUCAGAACGACCGCUAACAUGUUGAUCAAAGUGCAGUGUUGGUUUGUGGGUUUUCUCAGUGUGACAGUGGGGGGGUGGGGGGGCGGGGGGGUGGGGGGGUCAGGACACGCUUACUAUUUAUUUGUUACACUUUUUAAUAUUUAUUAAUGAAUCUACGUAUUGACUCUGAUGUGCAGUUCUGACUGUAUACUUGAAUGUGUGUGAGCGCUGUAUGUAGCUCCGUGUGCGUGUGCAAUAUUCAGAUUUUUUUUCCUUUUUUUUUGGAAGCUUGUUCCCUCACACAAACACACACACACACACACGCACACACACAGCUGUAUGUGAACACUCUGAAAACGGAGGAGGAUGAAGAUGGUCGGCCGUGAGCGCCUGGCGCUAAUGUAGCACGGAGGAAUCUGACGCCGCCAUGCACAGAAGGAACUGAAAUACAGACACUACCUGCUCCGCCCAUCUCAGGGGAAGCUCCGCCCUCUCCAGGAGGAAGAGGAGGAAGAAGGGGGUCCUAUCUGAUGUUUUUGUUUUCUAAAGACUUGAUUGGUUGUUUGGUUUUGUUUUUAUUUUUUUUUUUUGUGAGUCGGAGUGCUGAGAGUCCUAACUUUGUGCCUUCGGUAUUUCGUCGCCAUACCACGCCCUUCCAAAACACACACACACACACACACACACACGAAACACGUUGAAGAGAUGUCAGUAACGGGAUGUUUACGCUUGAACUCCAAAGCUAACGGAGGAAAGUGAGCUAGCAUUGGAGUGUGAGCAUCAACGGCCAAACCCUGCACUCUGAUUGGCUCGGACCUCCAAAGACGCGGUUUGGUCGCUCUCGCCAUCCGGUGGUCACAACUGCUCGGUCUUUGUCGAAACUGCCAGGAAACAUCGGCUGUGCGAUCCAAGCGUUCUGUUACAGUAACUCUAUCUUCCCGCCUGGAUUUCAACGCACACCAAACGCAGACUUUAUUUUUGUAAGUCUUGUCUUGUUUACAGAGCCGUCAGAGCUGCGGGCCGAUGCUCAAACCGACGCCGCCGCAGCUUCAGAACGGCGCCGACAUCUCCACCUGUGUGUGUUGGGGUGACGGUGGGCGUGGCGGGCUGGGCGGUGGGGGGGGGGGGUCGCGUAACGUGUCCGCACAAUGUACAGACACAUAUCAGCCAACUGUCGCCGUGCGACGCCUACUAACGACAGGGCGAAGCUAACACUAGCCGUUCGACUGCUAGCGUCCAGCCGCUAGCUGCUGCACUGACCUACGUUUCCUCUCCAGUGAAGCUAACACUAGCCUGCUGCGAUCUGAAAGCCAGUAGUGAGUUUUUACCUGCUAGCCGCGGCUGCGCGGCGCUCGUCGCUAACUCUGUUAGCGUUAACUUUUUUUUUUUUAAUGUUGGUACCUCAGAUUGCUCAGUUAUUUUUGUUACCGCUGUUGUGACACCCAGGGCAUUUGGUUAUUUCUACCAAAGUGCAUUCCUUUACAAAGCUAGCUGUUAGCUAGCCGCUCAAACAGACGCAGGAAAGUGCUUAGAGAGUUAGUUGGAAAGAAAAAAGAACACAUCGAGCAGGUGAGAGUCUGCAGCAGUUUGAACACGUGACGCUCAUUUUAACUCUCCUGUUGAAGCUAAUUUAACAAACAAUGCUGAAAUGUUACAUCUUGAGUUUGUUAAAAAAAAUUUUCAGUUAAAGCUUUUUUGAAGAUGAAGUACGUACAUUUCCGUCAAAACAUUUUAUACUUUCAGUUAUUUUUUUCUAAACCAACAGUUCAACAUUAGUGUUUUAAAAAGAGAGAGUUCAUGAAAUAAUGCAACAAAAAAAAAAAGUCAAUGUCAAGUUUCGCUGCUUUCUUUGUUUAACUUGAUGAAACAGAAAAAUGUUAAUGGUUUUAGUUUAUUUUUUGCCGUGAAUCCAUCUUCCACUGAGUUCGUUGUUGCCAAAAACUUCUGCAUUGGUCACAAUUUCCAUAAUUUUCGUGUCUGAAUCUGCUGCUUCUUCUAUUCUUAGACUGAAGGCAGUUAAAGUGGGAGAGUGACUCACUGCACCACCUGCUGGUAGGUUGUGGUAUUUUUGGUUCAGACUUAAAUUGUUACAUAUUUUACCUUUAAACAAAGCUAAAUAAAUCCGUAUUUAUGGGACAUUACGAAUAUACAGGAGAGUUAAAAUCUGUCUCGCUGUAACAAAAUGGUCUGCUUUCUCUCACCUCUCGGUAGCAUACAGCUUUUGUUUGUUUUUGGCUGGUGUGAAAGCAGCUGCAGCCACCAAGCUCUUUCAGUAGAGUCGGAGGUCUUAUCAGCUGUUGGCUCUUUAUUCUCUGUGACGUUUGCCAGCGGGGUUUUACUCGAGGAUUUUAUCUGUAAAUAAUGUGCAAAAAAGUGUUUGAAUACCGUUUUUUUUUUUUUGUGAGGGUGUGAAUGCGCUACUGUGCCACGCUGCGGCCAGUUUUAUUACAACGUACUGUAUCUACUGUACAGAACACAGAAGUCCACACUUUUCUAGUGAGCCUUUGUUAAAUUUUAUUGUGGUGGAAAAAAAAAAAAAGAUUAUUAAUAAAACCGUUUUAUUGUU